AUGGCGUACGAUCACAACAUAUGGAUUCUAAUGGUCAUAACAGUAUUUUCCAGUUGUAAUGUUUAUGGAGAAAUCUUGACUCACUGUGGAGAUGAGAAAAUAAGUGUUGGUGAUUCUCAUAGUCUGUCAUGUAGUGAUUUACCAUCCGAUAUUUCAAAUGGUAUAAAUGUGUUUCAUGAUGGAGACAUCAUAAUUUCUUGUAAUAAAGACAAUAAGACAUGUACAUCUACAGAUGCUGGACGAUAUACUUUAAUAUCACCACAUACAGAAUUUCUCAACUUUACCAUAACUUCAAUUCAAUCUACAGACGCCGGAAAAUAUAUCUGUGCUGAUUCUGCUAGUAAACCGGAUGAGGGAACAUCAAAAUUUUGUACACUGGAAGUUCAGGAAGAUGGUUUAAAAGAUGGUGAAAUUGCUGGUAUAGUUAUUGGUACUAUUGUUCUGUUAUUGUUUGUGGUGCUUAUUUCCUACGCUUUAAUCAUGAAGAAAUGUGUUAUACCUAAACGUGGUGGUUGAUCACUUAAGUAGCUGAAGACUACUAUCUUCCAUGUUACUAGUUGACGGAGGUCUUCCGGAUGACAAUCUGAAAGUUUUUUUGGGAUAGGCCACAAGGCUUUAGAUAGUUUUAGACAUUCUGUGCAUCUCAACACACAGAGUAAGAAAUAGUGGUUAAUAAAUAGAAGCUUUUGUGAUAGUGGUGUCAUAUAAUGCUUAGCUUUUGAGGAAUGGCAUGACUCACAGAAAAUUGGAAUGGUGUAUAUCAGUGCUAUCAAUGUCCUCAAUAAAUAUACAUGAAUUGAUCUGGUUGUAUCUCAUCAUGAUGACCAUUAUAGUAUUGGCAGGUUUUGCUUGCGUUCCAGUCCAUACUUACUGUUUUUAAAACCCCUGAUGGUACUUCUCUUUGGAGGAGUUCACUACUUUACAACUUUUUUCAAAGUUUGGCCAUUCUUUGGACGAGAUUUUUGAUUAAAGAGAAUUGUCUAGCUUGUA